CAUUCCCUCUGGAGAUCAGUUGCUUGGAUGAUGUUCGCUUCAUUCUAUUCUUUCUCUUUUGCUGCAUUCCGUUCAGAUUAAGGGGGUGGGGGCGAACAUGAACCCUGCACCAGAGCCCUUCGCAGAUACUACUUGUUUUUUGUAAUGUCUACCCAGAAGAUAACCGGAUAAACUUGAAUCACUGUUGUAACUCUUUUCAGUAUCUUGUGAAAUUGGUUUGGAAGACGAAAAGAUGUUUCAUGUGGCUUGGAACCAGCAUCUAAAACGAAUGAGCCGUACCACUGUAUUCGAUGUGUAUAUAAAGUUGAUUUUUCCAAGAAGCUUUGUGCUUUCAUGGAAGUCAUGGAUGUCAUUCCACUCUUUCAUUGGGGACAAGAAUAUUGUUCUGAUGGGACCUCCUGGGGCUGGGAAAACAACAGUUGGAAGAAUCCUAGGGCAGAAAUUAGGCUGCUGUUUCAUAGAUGUGGAUGACGAUGUCCUUGAAAAAACGUGGAAUAUGUGUGUGUCAGAAAAACUGAAGGAUGUUGGUAAAGAGCAAUUUUUAGAAGAGGAAGGAAGAGCCCUAUUAAGCUUUUCAGCAUCAGGAAGUGUAGUUUCCCUUACGGGGUCUAACCCAAUGCAUGCGGCCAGCAUGGAGCAUGUGAAGAAAAAUGGGAUUGUUGUAUAUCUGGACGUACCUACUCAAAGCAUAAUGGAGCGACUGAAAUUAAUGAAAGUAGAUCGUAUUGUGGGUCAGGGUUCUGGCUCCUCGUUGAGAGACAUACUUCAGUUUAGGAAGCAGUUUUACAGAAAAUGGUAUGAUGUCCGUGUUGUUUGUGAAAAUAAGAUUACAGCUGGAUUUGUGGCAGAUAAAGUACUUCAUGCAGUUAAGCGAUAUCAAGACUUGGAAUCAGAAGGCUUAAUUUCAACCAGAAGUCUAAAGUGUGAUGACGAAGGUGAGCAAAAGCACUCUAUGAAAUACUUCAGUGAUGCUGUUGUAGAAGGCUUAGCGCCUGAUGGUGGACUCUUUGUUCCUCUGAUGGGACUUCCAAAAUUCACUGCUGGAGAGUGGCAAAGUUUAUUAGGGACCAGCUAUGCGGAAAGAGCUCAGCUUAUAUUGGAAAGCUGUAUACACCCUGCUGAUAUACCUGCUCCUAAAUUGUGGGCAAUUGUUGAAGCUGCAUAUGGACAAAACUUUGCGUGUUCUAAAAUUGCCCCAGUUAGACAUCUGACCGGGAAUCAGUUUCUCCUGGAGCUCUUUCAUGGACCAACCGCUUCAUUUAAAGAUUUGGCAUUACAAUUAAUGCCUCAUCUGUUUGCAUACUGCAUUCCCAAAAGCUGCAAUUAUUUGAUCUUGGUAGCUACUUCUGGCGACACAGGAAGUGCCGUUCUAGAUGGUUUCAGUCGGCUUACAGAAACAGACAAGCAAAGAAUUGCAGUGGCCACCUUCUUUCCUGAAGAUGGUGUCAGCCAGAUACAGAAAUCACAGAUGAUUGGCUACCAGGACAAAAAUACAGUAGUAGUAGGUGUCAAAUCUGAUUUUGAUUUUUGCCAGUCUGCCAUCAAAAAAAUAUUUUCCGAUUCAGAAUAUACCGGUUUUCUCACUGUAGAAUACGGAACAGCAUUAAGUGCAGCAAAUUCUAUAAACUGGGCACGACUGCUUCCCCAAGUGGUUUAUCAUGUUUCUGCUUACCUAGAUCUUGUUGAGCAAAAUAUUAUUACUUUUGGAUCCCCUGUAGAUGUCUGUAUUCCAACAGGAAAUUUUGGCAACUUAUUAGCAGCUGUAUAUGCAAAAACAAUGGGUAUUCCUAUAAGAAAGUGUAUUUGUGCUUCCAAUCAGAACAAUGUAUUGACUGAUUUUAUAAGAACGGGCCUGUAUGACCUAAGGGGAAGGCAGUUACGGCAAAGUUCAUCACCCGCAAUAGACAUCUUGAAAUCUUCCAACCUUGAGCGGUACUUGCACCUGAUGAUUAAUGGCGAUGGGCCACUGGUGGCGCAGUUAUUUAGCUCCCUGGAAAAUCAGCACUACUUCCAGUUACCAAAAGAGUUCCUUGAAAAACUUCAGCAAGACUUGGUGGCUGAUUGGUGCUCUGAGAAGGACUGCCUGGAUACUAUCCACUCUGUGUACAAUUCCACAGGGUACAUCUUGGACCCACAUACAGCUGUUGCGAAAGUGGUUGCCGAUCGAGUACAAGAUAAAACCUGCCCAGUUAUCAUUUCAUCUACUGCUCAUUAUUCCAAAUUUGCACCUGCUAUCCUGCAGGCAUUGAGAAUGGGAGAAAUCAAGCAGACUCCAUUAAGUCAACUUCACUUGUUAAACUCCUACAGACCUUUGCCUCCGGUCCACAGGGGCUUAUUAGAGACAAUGGAAAAGAAUAAGCAACAGAACCAUCAGGUCUGUGCUGCUGACGUGAAUGUCCUUAUGGAGCAUGUCGAAGCCUUAAUACAAAAACAGUUCAUGAAGGUUUUCUGAGGCUCUGUUGGCCUCUUAUAUAAUCAAUUUUGAAUAUUGUUUCCCUGCAAGAAAAAGCAUGUUUUAAUAAAUGUUGAGUAAACAGUGUGUCAAAUGUAGUGAAUAUAUUGUCAGAAACAUUUAUGUGAGUAAAUAUUGAAUGUAACCUAAGAAACCAACCAAGUGAAAAGUAAUGACUCUAUAGAGCUAAUAUGGGUAGUUUGGUGUUCAAGUCUCACCUCUGUCAUAGACCCUCUUGCAUAACCUUUGGCAAGUCACGCUCCCUCAGCCUUCCAUCUGCAAAACAGGAAUAAAAAUGACCAAAUUCACAGUGUUGCUACAAGGGUUACUUGAGAAAGAUGUAGAGCACUUUGCUCUAUACAUGAUCACUAGUUAUGUCAGUGAUACAAAUGAUGAUAGCAUUAGUGAAAGUCAUCACUAUAGCAGCUGUCCCAGUAGGUCCUGGGUAUCCAAGCAGGGCUGCCCUAGUAACUGUGCUGAUAUUUUCCACAUGACUUUUUCCCAAGCAAGUUUUACUUUUGGGAAUAACAUCAUUCUUAAGGCUGAUAUACUUGGAUGUUUUUGUACCUUCCAGUUGGCAAUCUUUUCAUAGUAAAGAUCUGUAUGGAACCUCCUUUUAUGAAGCACUUAUUUCAUGUUUUGUUUAAGAUUUGAUUUCCAAACAGAGCCAACCUUCAAGAUGGACUCCCGCUAGUCAUUUAGGAGAAGGAAACAGUUAACGUGAAUUGCCUGCAAGGCUUGCAUUCUUUAAAAUGUUGUUUGGUUGAAACUACAAGAAAUCACAUUGUGGUAAGCAAAUAGUUGUGCAGCUGAGCUCUGAGUUCAAGUGAAGCACAAUUGCCAUCCGUCUCUCCUACCACUUACUUCAGUCCACCCCUCCCCCAGCACUGCCUGCUUCCUGCCCAAUCCAUGGUGGGCUCACUGCUCGUUCCAUCUCGACCCUCAGUCCUAGGGGACUCGCCUUCCAUUAAUUCUUCACCUUGUCUCUCCCUCCCUGUCCCCCAGUCCCAUUAUUUGGAUGUGUGUUGUCAUUCAUUAGUCUUGGAGCCAGAUGAACAGCAUGUUUGGACUAGUGACCGUUGUAAGCCUUCUUAAGUCACUUUGUGUUGGGUGGGCUUGUGCUGUUCAUCAGCCAUUUUGUGACCCUUUUACCUUUUCUGUAUAUCUGAUACUUCUAGUGCCCACCAGCCACCUGGUAGUGACUCCUGUAUUCCUUCAUAAUACUAUUUAUUGGUAGGCUGAAGAACACCUUGAAAAGUGAGAAAUAGAUGAGAGGAAUUGGGUACAGGGUCAUCUAGUUUAUCAAAAGAGAUCUAUGCAGAUCCGUUAUGACUGUCUAGAUUAUGGCCAUUUCCACACAUGUUGAAUAAUGCACUUUCAAUGCACUUUCGUAAUCCUUUAGAAGUGGAUUUUUUGUUCCACACAUGGAAAAUCAGUUUCAAAUGUUCACUAAAGAGUAUUGAAACUGGAUUAUCCAACGUGUGUGGAAGCAGCCUAUGUAAUGUACUUAAUCGGCAUUGAUCCAGAGGAGUUAGCUGUGUUAGUCUGUAGUUGCAAAAUAAGUAAAGAGUCCAGUAGCACCUUUAAGACUAACCAACUUAUUUGCAGCAUAAGCUUUUGAGAACCACAGCUCUCUUUGUCAGAUCUUAAUUGGCCUUACUUAAUUGGCAUUGCUUUGCCUUCUUGGGCAAAUAGGCUUACAUCCUACCUAGAAUCCUCCCUCCUCGCUGCAGCCCAAAUGCCCCCCCCCAACUCUGCUCCUAAGGGGUGGUGAAAGACCCCCAUGAGCAGCUUGUGGGAAGCUGGAAGUCUCCUGCGAGAAGAGGGAAUCAAUGAAAAUCACCACCACUACUUGUGCGCAUGGACCUUUUAGACUUGAUCCAAGCCACAGAGGUAAUCUAAAAUGUGUCGGCUAUUUAAUGGGGAAAAUACAUUCAAGAUAUGUAAAGGCACAUACGUAGCAGAGGCAUAAUGAAUCCACGGUUCAGCUACACAAAUCAAAACUGAAGAUAAGCACCCCAGCUAAACAGCUGUUUUGAAUAAUCUUAUAAAGGUGUAGAACUGGGUCUUGAAGUGUUGAGUUGAUUUGCGGAAGGCACUGGGAAGUUGGUGUGUUGUAUUUUUUCUUAUUUUCCAUUAGUUGCUUCUUAUGGUAAGGUUCACCAAUUGCUUACUUUAUUUCUUUACAUUGUUAGGCUUUGAGAAAAUGAAACGCUGAGUCUGCCAGGGCUAAACCACAACCUUAAAGAGAACUAGUAUGCCAACCAGAUGGUGAAUUUCAGUUUAACUUCCCCAACACUGGCUCGAAUGCUUCAUCAGCUGCAUGGCGAUGGGCCAGCAAAGGGAUCAUAAAUCCAGGGCUUUUUUUCUG